UAAUAAGUCUGCUCGCUUGCUGGUAGUAUCAACAAGCUUGUUUGGGUCCGUAUGUCACUCGAAGCCUGUGUCUAGAAAUGCAGACCACCUCCGGCCCCAAGGUUGCUGGAUAAAAGGUUUGGUACCUGUAAUUCCUUCUGAUUUUUAUGCUUUGGUUGUCCUUGUAGCUGCAAGAUGUGUUGGAAUGGACUGUUCCUGGGUGAAGUGCAAGAAACUAGAAAGUGCCAUCUGUCAUUUAAGCAAUUUUGACAAAAAUUUCCUGAAGGCUGUCACUAAUAACGACUAUGCUGCAGUGAAAUCUCUCGUAGAGGCUGGUGCUGAUGUAAACUGCUCUUCGGCAGGAUGGACUCCACUGUGUAUCAGCUGUUAUUAUGGAUUUACAAAGAUCGUACAAUAUCUCCUGAUGCAACCUCUUUUGGAAUUACGUCCCCAAGUAAUGCUGUGUCUUCAGUGUGGCCGUCACUGUUACCAAUGCGAUUACGAUGAGGACGGCAACACACCUUUGGUAUACGCUGCUAAACAUGGACACUACGAAGUAUGUCAACUUCUCCUGGAUGCCGGGGUUUGUUUGGAACAACCGAACAAACGUACUCAACAGACUCCUCUAUUUGUGGCAGCAGAGUCUGCCCAGACGGAUGUUUGCCUUCUGUUAUUAGAGGCAUCUGCUUGUGUUCAAGUUCGUGAUAAUAUAGGCAUGACUCCAUUAUAUGCUGCUAUUAAAUCUAAAGAUAAAACUGUUGUGGAGAAUCUCAUAAAACAUGGCUGUGAUGUUAAUAUUGGUAGUCAGGACCAUCCACCGAUAUUUUUGGCUGCUCGUCUUGGACUCUUUGAUAUUGUUAAGAUUCUGUCUGAUGCUGGUUGUCAGAAAGAUGUGUCAAACAAAUAUGGAGUUACUCCGGUUUAUGAAGCAGCUAUAAAAGAUUUCAGAGACAUCUUGGAACACUUGCUAGACAAAGGCUGGGACAGCAACAAAUGUGAUAUGUACCAGAACACACCUCUGCAUAUUAUGGCAUCCAAAAACUGUCUUCAGUCAACACAGUUACUUCUAAAAGCUGGUGCUUCAAUUCAAGUACGAGAUUACAAAAAACGCUCACCUGUGCAGGUGUCUUUACUUUCUGGUAGUGCUGAUGUCUUAGAAUAUUACCUCAAAAUUGGUGUUAAUUUACAUAAAGGCUUUCACAGUAUGGAGAGAAUGUGGACAGUUGUUGUUCGAGAAAUGUUUGAAAAAGAUUUUAUUGACUGCAUUUUGGUGCUGUUAAAAGACGAUUGCUGUUGGCCGUUAGUUGAAAUGAUUGAGCCCUGGGAAAGAAGCCUUCUUCACAAUUUUAACAUCAUCAGAGUUUUCAGCCAAAAAACAAAAUUGUUGAAAACUUUGAUAUUUUCUGGUAACUAUGCUGAACCACUCGAGUCCAAAAAUAACCAAGAUGUUUCUUCAACAACUUACUCUGCCAAGCAGUCUGCCGCUUCUGUCAUCAUUAACUGUUUUACUCCAUUCAUUUUAGAAGCCGACAUCAGGAAUUGGUUGGCCAGUAUUUAUUCCUCUCCAAUGACUCUACAAGCUCUCACACGCAUUGUCAUUCGACAAGAGUUACAUUCUCAGAUUCUGUACAAAUCACAGUUCCUACCUUUACCAAAGAUACUGAAAGAUUAUAUCACUCUUUCAAAACUUUAGGAUAAUCUUAAUUCAUAAUCUGACAGAUUUUUAUGGAAACAGGAAACUUUCAUAAGCAGCUCAUAAGUUAUGUUUGUUAUGAAAUUUCUAUUAAAACAUUUUUAUUCGAAAACA